AGCCCCCGGCGUUGGGACGGUUGGCGGGGCCAGUCCGGAGCGUGAGGACGUCGGCGCAGGUUACAACAGUGAGGAUGAGUAUGAAGCGGCUGCAGCACGCAUCGAGGCCAUGGACCCUGCCACUGUUGAGCAGCAGGAACACUGGUUUGAAAAGGCCCUGCGAGACAAGAAGGGCUUCAUCAUCAAGCAAAUGAAGGAGGACGGCGCCUGUCUCUUCCGGGCUGUAGCUGACCAGGUGUAUGGAGACCAGGACAUGCAUGAGGUUGUACGAAAGCACUGCAUGGACUAUCUGAUGAAGAAUGCGGACUAUUUCUCUAACUAUGUCACAGAGGACUUCACCACCUACAUCAACCGGAAACGGAAAAACAACUGCCAUGGCAACCACAUUGAGAUGCAGGCUAUGGCGGAGAUGUACAACCGGCCUGUGGAGGUGUAUCAGUAUAGCACAGAACCCAUCAACACAUUCCAUGGGAUCCAUCAAAAUGAGGACGAACCCAUCCGUGUCAGCUACCAUCGGAAUAUCCACUACAAUUCAGUGGUGAAUCCUAACAAGGCCACCAUUGGUGUGGGGCUGGGCCUGCCAUCUUUCAAACCGGGGUUUGCAGAGCAGUCCCUGAUGAAGAGUGCCAUAAAGACAUCAGAGGAGUCAUGGAUUGAACAGCAGAUGCUGGAAGACAAGAAGCGAGCCACAGACUGGGAGGCCACAAAUGAGGCUAUUGAAGAGCAGGUGGCUCGAGAAUCCUACCUGCAGUGGCUGCGAGAUCAGGAAAAACAGGCCCGCCAGGUCCGCAGCUCCAGCCAGCAGCCCCGGAAAGCCAGUGCCACGUGCACUUCCGCCACAGCAGCCGCCUCCAGUGGCCUGGAGGAGUGGACUAGCCGGUCCCCGCGGCAGCGGUCACCGGAGCACCCUGAGCUGCAUGCCGAGCUGGGCAUGAAGCCCCCUUCCCCAGGCACUGUCUUAGCUCUUGCCAAACCUCCUUCACCCUGUGCACCAGGUACAAGCAGCCAGUUCUCAACAGGGGCCGACCCAGCGACUUCCCCCCUCGUGUCCCUCUACCCUGCUCUGGAGUGCCGGGCCCUCAUUCAGCAGAUGUCCCCCUCUGCCUUUGGUCUGAACGACUGGGAUGAUGAUGAGAUCCUGGCUUCGGUGCUGGCAGUAUCCCAACAAGAAUACCUAGACAGUAUGAAGAAAAACAAAGUGCACAGAGAUCCGCCCCCAGACAAGAGUUGAUGGAGACCCAGAGACUGGAGACCAUCUCCCAACCCCACCACUCCUGCCCUCCGGUGCCGCCUCACCUUUGGCUUUCUUCCUUCUUGCCGUCUUCCUCCUUCCCUUGCUUUCCUUCUUUUCCUCCUCCCCACCUCCCUCUUGCCGGUCCAUCCCUGCACCCCCUCUCAUCGCUGCCACCACCACCAUCAUCUGUCUCUUCCCCAGCUGACGUGCCCUGUUGCCCCCUGCACAGCACCAUCCCUGCAAUCCACAGGGGACUCGGGCAAGGGUGCCGAAGGUAGGCGAGAGGCACAGAGACAAAGCAACUGGCAGCCAGGCAGCCCCUGAGGAGAGACAUUCAGACAAAAGAAAGCCUCCCUGACCCCCAUUCCUCCCAAGUUAAGAAAACCUUGUUACCCCACCUCUACAACUAUGUCAGGGAAGUGGGAGGAAGAAGUGGGGGAUUCCCCUUCCCAGAACCCUAAGAAUGUCUGAGCCUUCAAUGUUGAAUUUUUUUCUUUAUUAAAAUGUACUUUUAUCUUAUAAAAUUAACCAAUCAAAAACGACAUAGAUAACAGCUUUGACUCUGUGAAGGUGGCAUCUCUCUGGUUUGGGGGCAGGCAGGCAGGGGGGCCCAGAGGGGGCACAAAGACGUGCUGCUGUCUCUGGCCUCCAGCUCUGUGGAGAUGGGCAGGGUCUAGAGUAUGAGCCAGGGCGGAGUAGGGGGCCAAGGGUAGCAGGUGUCCUGUGGGCUUCGGACAAUGAAACUCUGACCUCGCUGCAUUCCUAUUGCUUCCAUCACCACCAGUAUCUGUAAUCUUGGGGUGGGGGCACCUUUGAGGAUUAUAGCCGCCAGUCAAGAUUUGAGUGUGGGGAGUGGGAGCAGCCUUGGCAGAUGGGGCACUUGUGCCCUGCAGGUGUUGACAAGAUCCGCCAUCUGUAAUGUCCUUGGCACAAUAAAACCAAAUGUCAGUUUC